GGCGGCGCCGGGGCAGAGGCGCUCCUGGCAGCCGGUGCGGCGGGGAGAGCAGACCCCGGGCGGGAUGGGCGGCAGCGAGAGCAGCCACGGCGGCAGGAGGGUCACCUUCGGGCUGGACGAGCGGGACCAAGUCCGGGUGCUGCAGGGCAUCAGGCUCACUGAAGAUGUAGUGAACCGAAUGAAAGAAUCUUCUCAAAGUAAAAGGGACAGCCAGAGAUCUCCCCGUGCAUCCAAUGGCACAGCUCCAUCUUCACUGGCUGCAGAAGGGAAACCCAAAUCUACAGGAAUCCAUCCACCAAUGUCAAGUGACUCUGCUGCAGAGCAGGAACUGUACAGGAGGUAUGAGCAAGAACAUGCUCUGGUCCAAGAGGAGUUGCUCCGUUUGGCCAAAAGGGAAAGGGAAGCAGCCAGUGAGGCCAGGGAAAGGAACAGCAUUAAUGAGGAGAAGCAGAGAACAGCCCAGAUGCCUGCGGAUUUGGACGCCUGGGCUGUGGAGCUGCAAGGCAGGGAGGCAGAGUUGAAGCGACAAGAGGCCUUCUAUAAGGAGCAGUUGGCCCGCAUUGAGAGGAAGAAUGCAGAGAUCUACAAGCUGACAUCCGAGCAGUACCAGGAGGCAGCCGCCAAGGCAGAGGAGUGGAUAAAGAGGAGGAACACUGAUCCUGUCUGUGCAAACCUGCAGUCUGAAAUUCUGAAGUGCUACCAAGAAAACAAACAUGAAGUGCUCAAAUGCUCGGAGCUGGCUAAGGAAUAUCAGCGCUGUGUUAGCGCAGCUCAGAAGGAGCUGUUAGUUAAUUCUGGAUAAACGUCAGCCGCCAAAGAGCAGAGGACAGGGACCACAGAUGCCCUUGGAAACCCCAGCAUCCUUCUGGACAGACACUGACCAAAAACCGGUGCCUUCUGCCCUUCAUGAUCCAAGACAGCAACAUGAUUCCUCUUGUAAUUGCCUGCAUGUAUGAGUCUCACUGUGGACGUUCCUGGAGUUGGGAGAAGAGUCCCAGGAGAGGGAGAUGCCAUAGUUUCUUUUUAUUGUUUUCCAAUGUAAAGAAUCGUGUUGACCCCAGGGGCUUCCAGUACAGCCUGUAGCUUGGGGUCUUGCCUGACAUGAACCUGAUUCACCCUGUUCUAGUUUUGGUUUCACCAACCUACAUCUGAGUUUCAAGAGCUGUUACCUGUCUGUUUGCUCUGGGGAAAAGAGUCCAAAGUAUUUGGAAGUAACCCUGACUAGCUUGUUAGGAUUAACUGUUCCUAUCAUGCUCCCAUUGGUCACACCAGCAGGCGUGUUCCUUCCCUUCCAGGGUUCCCUCCUAAACAAUAAAGUGUUUAAUGGUCA